UCGAACGAAAUGGCAACUAUCAACGAGCAGAAACCAAGUUCUGCCGAAACAACGGUCAAGUAUGUGGAAGUGCUCUUCAAUACAAUAAACCACGUUCUGAUCGGAUACGUUACAAUAUAUUUAUCCUACGUUUCUUAUAUGAACGGUUUCUCGAAUCUUUUCACCUGGCACAUUUUUCUAUGUGCCAUAGGGUACCACUUUUUCAUGGCUGAAUCAUUCCUCACCUUAUACGCAUCCAAUUCCUGGACAUCGAUGAAUUCGGCUGGCACAAAACGACACUUGCAUUGGAUUUUACAAGCGAUUGGAUUUCUAACGAUAUUCGUUGGUACCGGUCUUGAGAUUUACCAAAAAGAACAGAACAAACGAUCACAUUUCAAAUCGGAUCACGCAAUAACCGGCUUAGUUUCAAUGGUGUUUAUUGUGCUAUCGCUGUUGAAUGGAAUAGCUUCAUAUUAUUCAGUGAAAAUUAAACAUAUUAUCAGGCCGAUCUAUAUCAAACUUUGUCACUAUCUGACCGGAAUAGUUGCGUUUGUCAUCGGAAUGGUCUCACUUGCUCUGGAGUAUUCGGCUAGGAGAAUGGCGUCUACCGAGAAUAAAAAUAUGCUCAUUUCUUUUACUACAAUUGUUAUUGCACUCACCUUGAUAGGUGCAGUGAAAACGAUGUACGGACAGCUUAAAGGAUUUUGCCGGUAGCGUGGGAUAGAGAUGAUUGUAGUAGAAUAGCUGGAAUAGCUCGUCUGGAAAGAUAACUCCGCAACAGGUUUUUGCUUUACAUUGAAAUAAAACUCAAAUUUUCU